AUGAACAUUAUCUUUUUGGUUUGGUUGAUUGCAGAUUUAGCCAGCUACUCAAGAUCCGGACCAUUAAGAUUCUCAUCUUCCAACCAAUUUAGAUCUCUCUCCAUUGCACCGUGCGAUCGUGAUCUUUCAGUCAAGGGCGCCGAGACCAAUUACGAGGCCUAUCAGUAUAAGACGCCCAAUGAAACGAUGAGUCAAAUCCUUCCGGAAUCAUCACGGCUUCCGGACUCAUCUGGACAAGGAAUGAAGGAAUCGAUAUUCCAACGCGUAAAUAAAUAUGGCGAACUUCAAUCUUCACCCAUCGGAAGCAGGUCUUCUAGAGAGAAAGGGACAGAAGAGCUCGGUGAUACUAACGAUGCCUCAAGCGAAAUAUUCAUAAAUCUAAGGGGUGAAAUAAAUGAUGUAGAUAGGUAUCUCGACCGGAUGCGACAUCCACCAUAUAGCACAGAAAUAAGACAGAACAAGAAAGUAUCCAGUACUAGCAAGACCAGAGUAUUGAAGAGAACCUUGCAACCCCGUCGAUUAGUUCAGACUAAAAACAAAUUGACACAGGAUCCUAUUCUGAAUAACAAAACUGUUUCGGUAGUGUCUUCUGUCCAAGAGGCUGUGAGGACCAUCGAAUCUAGCAUGAAUCGAUUUGAUGAGAUUGCAAAGAAUUUCAUAAAUCCAAAAGUAUCUGCAGCGACCUUGAAGAAAGCCGCAGACGAGGGACUUGUGAUAGAAACAGGCGAAGGUUUCCCAAGACAGGUAUUGGCUAGUGCGACUAGUAAUCCGGAAGCAGCACAAAGGGCGUUGGCCGUGAUACGAGACGAAGUACCAAAGAUCAUAGCUAAGAUCGUCCUUGCAAAUAAAAACCUUAUAGGUGGAAUAGUCGGAGGGGAUAAAAAGCUCAUCUCUACACGGCUGUUUAGCCCAAGCUUAACUGCCAUUGGAAACAAAUUGAACUUGGAGCAAAGGACAGCCGUAGAUCAAUCUAAGAAGGAACUCGACGCGAAGACUCGUUCAAUUGAUACACAAAUGUUAAUUCUUCAAAACCAGGCUUCUACUCCAAAAAGAUUGAAAGUGGCAGCGACAUCAGCAUUGGCUUUAGAAGCAGAACAAAUCUUUCACAGGGAAGUUUUGGUGAGUGCAGCCUCUGAUAGCAAGGCAGCUGUCUCAGCAUUACUUGAAGUAGCAGAAAAUGGGCCCAAAUGUGAGACUUGCAAAAAGACUUAUCAAAGCCUUUAUCAUUACAGUUCUGGGUUGAUCAAUAUCAUUAGGAAUAGUGAUGAUGAAACAAAAGUCAAGACAAGUCUUCAGUCAAUCAUUGAAGGCCAUACCAAAGUUGUAGCAGCUACUUUGAAGCUAAUCCAGUUAACAUCAAAUAGCAGUACAAAUCUAGUAGCCACUGAAAAAGAAUUCAAGAAGGCGAAUGUCACAUUAGACAAGACUCCAUUGUUAGACUCAAAGACCCAUGACAAUCAUGUGGAAGUUGUGAAUCAAGAUGAUAAGACAAAUCAGAAAGAAUCCAAACCAGUUACUGCACAGAAUCAUCAACAUUCAAUACCAAUUCAGGAUAACAAUCUUUCUCAACCUGCAAAUGCUACAUCAAAAGAUCUUGUUCACCUUUUGGAUUCUGAAUUAACAGAACUCAUUAGCAAUGGCACAUCUACAAAAGCACAUUCUUCAGUGCUUACAAUACCAAAAUCAGCUUAA